CACGCCCUUGGCCAGCACCCACCACCAUGCCGUUUGAAACCGUGACACUGAACGACGGGAACGAGAUCCCCGCACUAGCCUUUGGCACAGGAACGGCGCUGUAUGGCAGAGAUGCGACGGACUACGUCACGAGAGCCAUCGACCACGGUUUCUCCCACAUCGAUACUGCGCAGGCCUACCAGAACGAGGCCAGUGUUGGGGUAGCGAUCAAGGAAAGCGGACUCCCGCGUUCCGACUUGUACAUUACCACGAAAUACGGCGGCGGCAAGAUUCAGGACGAGAUCAGAAACAGUCUGCAGAAGCUGGGUAUCAAACAAGUCGACCUGUACCUCAUCCACCAACCGGGCCUUGUGCGUGACAACCUUGAAAGCGCAUGGAAGGACUUCGAACAGAUCAAGCAAGACGGCCUCAGCAAGAGUAUCGGUGUCAGCAACUUCACCGUCGAAGACUUACAAAAAGUGAUCAAGACAGCGAAGAUUAAACCGGCAGUCAACCAGAUUCGGUUCCACCCGUAUAAUUAUGCAGAGCAUAAGGGCUUGCUCGAGUACAGCGCCAAGCACGGCAUCGUGACCGAAGCUUAUAGUAGCCUAACGUAUUGGAACCUGUAGCCGCGUGUGAGGCUCCACCGAACACGCGAGAGUGGUAAACGGUCGAGAAGGAAAGUCGAGCACGGCGGGCAUAUCAACGCACCGCACGUGCAGCUGUCAGUCGGACACAUAGGAGAUGGUCUCCUCCUGGCGCUAUACAUACUUCCUCACACUCCUCCUCGCCAUGGAUACCAUCUCCUCCUCAUCUCCAAC